AUGGAUGAUGAUGAACUCAUCAGUUAUGUUCUGGAUGGACUUGGCCUUGAAUACAAAGAGUUAGCCACAACACCUCAUCUGCAUCCUGAUAUUGAUUUUGAUCGAUUCUACGAUCUAGCUCUAAGAGAAGAGCAUCUACAGAAACGAAUGUCUCUUAACGUUGCUUCAGGCGUUGCUAUGGCUGCUGACCGUAUGCCUAACGAGCGCAUCUCCAAUUCUAACAUGCCUGGAUGCAACCAAAAUCCUUAUCCCAGAUCUGGAAGAGGAUGUGGUCAUGGAAGGAAUUGGAAUCAAGAGCACAACGGGCGUGGAUUCAGGAGAAAAGAUCAUUGGGAGCCAAAUCAAGGAACUUGGGUUCCAAAUCGAGCCUCUCAACCUCGCGACCGACAAUAUGAAGCCAUCACUUCCUCUCCUAAGACUCUCUCUAAUGGAUGCCCUCCACUUCUUCCAACACCACAAGGAAAUUCCUCAAAUGCCCACUCAUUGUUCCAUUCAAAUACCCAGCGGAGUGCCACUCACCACAUGACAACCAACGCAACCUCUCUUCCCAAUGCUCAACCUUACACAGUUGACUAG